CGUCUGACUGGCAGCGGGCAUCGGGUCACCAGGCAUCAGGUCAUUUGGCUCGACAGCGGGCACCGCGUCAUCUGGCAAGGCAGUGGGCUCCGAGUCAACAGGCACGACAGUGGGCACCGGGUCAUCAGGUAUGACAGCGGGCACUGGGUCACCAGGCAUCAGGUCAUUUGGCUUGCCAGCGGGCACCGCGUCAUCUGGCAAGGCAGUGGGCACCGGGUCACCAGGCAUUGGAUCGUCUGGCUGGAUCAGUUCAUCAUGCUGGGUAGAGGCAUCAGGCUGAAUGCCGGCGUCCGGCUGAGUAGAGGCUUCAGGCUGAGUAGAGGCUUCAGGCCGAGUAGAGGCUUCAGGCCGAGUAGAGGCACCAGGCCGAGUAGAGGCUUCAGGCCGAGUAGAGGCAUCAGGCUGCGUACAGGCAUCAGGCUGAGUACAGGCAUCAGGCUGAGUAGAGGAUUCAGGCUGAGUAGAGGCUUCAGGCUGAACCACGGAAGCAGGUUCACCGGUUUGGAUACUGGCAGGAUGCACUGCAAGUAAACGCAGGUCUGCAAACGAAUGGAGCAGCUGGAGACAGAGAAGAACAGGAGGAUGGAACAGGAGAGGGAGCAGUUGCUACAGAGGACUUUUUUACAGGGUUAAAGGCAGGAUAGGUGCAGCGAGUGGGAACAGGGUACUGAUAUGUGGUAGAUAGCAGGGCAGGAGGAGCUGUUGGGAAUGCAGGAAUAGAGUUUUGAGGAAAUAGAUUAGAAGCAGGACUGGGUUUUUGUAAGCUGACUGAGGCUGGGUGCAACAAGUCUGUCCAUG